UUUGCAGCGGUGGGCGUCCAAAUGCAUCUGGAUUUCCUGCACCGUGCCUUCUGGGCUGCGACCAGGCAGGACCUGGACUGCUUCGUCAUCGACAACAACGGGUUCGUCCUGGUCUCGGAGCGGCUGCAGGAGGUGGGAAGAUUUCUGGGGGAGGCGGAUGGUGCUCUCCUGACCCAGCUGCUCGGCAUGGGGGUGUUCAGCCAAGUGACCAUGUACGAUUACCAGGCCAUGUGCAAACCCCCGAAUCACCAUCACAGUGCCGCCUGGCCACUGGUCAACCCAAUCUCUGCCCUCCUGACUACUGCCAGGUGGCUGGCGAACGAGCUCCUGCUGCUGCUGCUGCAAUGGAGUGCCUGGGGCGCCUGGCGUGGGGACAGUGGGGCCCAGGCCAAAGCUGUGUUCCAUCACUCCCACAAGCACAAGAAACAGGAGGUCUUGCAGCCCUGCGACACAGAAUACCCAGUGUUCGUGCACCAGACGGCCAUCCAGGAGGCCAAUGGGAUCAUCGGGUGCGGAGCCUGCCAGAAGAUGUUUGUGAUGCAGCAGAUUCCCCAUAGUAACCUUCUCCUCCUGGUGACAGACUCCACCUGUGACUGCAGCGUCUUCCCGCAAGUCCUGCAGGAGGCCAUCCAGAUCAAGUAUAAUGCCUCAGUCAAGUGUGACAGGAUGCGCUCCCAGAAGGUCCGCAGGCGUCCCGAUUCCUGCCACGCAUUCCAUCCAGAGGAGAACGCCCAGGACUGCGGGGGCACCGCGCACACCUCCGCCUCGCUCCUCCCACUCCUGCUGCCGCUCUGUGCCUGGGCGCUACUGCCCAGCUGCUGCGGUGACACAUGCCCAGUCUGACCUGUGGUGGCAAGGUGACCCUUCCAGAGACAUUCUAGAGUCAGCAACUCAUGUGGGAUCCCGCUCACCACAGCUGGGUCACCACCCAGGGCAAAGGUCACCUCAGCCUUGGGCUCCUAGUCCCUGCCUCCUGAGACACUUCCCAGAGACCUGCCAGGGUACUGGCACCACCCACCCUGGGCCUAGUCUGGACAGGCACCCUCCCAUCCUUCCUACCUCCUCAUCGGGAGUCCAGCAUGAGUUCAACUUGGACCAAAAGAAUUUAGUUCCAUCUUUACUCCAGAAGUCCAGACCCAGACAAAGAACGGGUCCACUAUUUCUAAUGAACAUGUUUGGUCUUCCGUAGAAUCCAAGGGCUUAAAGGUGCUGAGGAGGAGCAGAAUGACACCAACAGCAGAAAUGAGAUGAAGGCAAGAACUUGCCCGUACCCAAAGCAUGGCUUCCUUAAAGGGUGCUCUAUGGUGGGGGCCAUUUCCUAGCUGCUGCCCAGAAAAGUUGUGUGUGAGAGAGAUUGAAAGUAAGCAGGAGAGAAGGUGGAAGUGAAUAGUAAUGGGAAAGACCCAGAAUAAGAACAUAUAUUAAAUCCUUUUA